AUGUACGAUGCUGGUCGCUUCCGUGUGCCGUUUCCCUUUGACCCCUACCCGCUGCAGCUGCAUGCGAUGGAGGCCAUUCGCGGCGGGUUGGCGGCGGGAGACGUCGUCGUGCUUGAAUCACCCACCGGGACGGGCAAGACGCAGGUGCUUCUGAACGGUGUGCUGUCGCACGUCUUUGAGCCCAUUGUAGCUGUGGGAAGCGACGGCACGCCGCCGCCGCUGCAGCAGCAGCAGAAUGCGUCACCGCCGGAAACCGCGGCCCUGGCCCCUCCUUUGGCAGGGGCGGUUGGGGGCGGCCACAAAAGGCGGCGAAAGGAAAAGAAGGCCGCUAAACAACACAUGAGGGUUUCUGCUCGGGAAGACGAAGCAGAUGCGUUUUUGCUGGAUCAGAACGAAGCUGCGGCCGCCGCUGAGCGACGGCGUGAGUUCGCAAUGGCACAAAGCUCGUCCUCGUCGUCUUCGUCAAACUCCUCCUCCAUGGUAGCUGUCGAUGAUGCUGAGGAAGAGGAUGGCGAGGAAUGGGAACCACCACUGUCGGCACUGCAAAAGCCAAAGGUGUACUUCUCUAGCCGCACCCACACACAACUGCAGCAGCUCACUGAGGAGCUGCGUCGAACCGUGUUUGCAAGGCAUCCGAUUCGUUCGCGCCAUCGUCGUCGUCGACAUUUAGUCAUUGCUGGCGAACCUAACGAGGAGGCCGUGGAAUCUGCUUUGGAUGACACACCGCACAUGCUGCGUUAUGUGCAUGUGGCGGGGCGGCAGCAGCUUUGCAUAAAUGCUGCUCUAAGGGCCGCAGCGGGCAACAAUAACGAUCGUUUGAACGAGUUGUGUCUGGAAGCCAUGAUGUACGAAUACUCCAAAGAGGGCCGCGCGGCGCGCAAACAACACGAGAUGCGAGGCAAGGGCUCAGUUCUUACAGAUAUUGAAGACAACGUUAGUGCGGGCGGGAUGCCGAAAGGAUGUGGCUACUGCCGACGAGAACGAUUGAAGAUUUUGAGGGACUAUGUUGAGAUCGCGCCUCGAGGACUUUUGGAGAUGCGGGAAAUUGGACAGCGCAUCGGUGCAUGCCCUUUUCUCGCCACCCGUGAGCUGCUUCGUGGGGCCGACGUCGUUUUGAUUCCCUACAGCUAUCUUGUUUCGCCCGAGAUGCGACACACGUUGCUCUCGGGGACGGCAACGAAUGCGUAUGAAACGGCGGCAAAAAUGGAGGAGGCCAAGAGUGAUGGGGAACUUGAUGCCACUGCUCAUCCUGCCGCUUCGCACCUCCACCGUACCAUGGCGCUCAAGCAAGAUGCCAUUUUACCUCCCAAUUUCUCUGGGGAUGUGAUUGCCGUGGAUGAGGCACACAACCUCGUGGAUUUCUGCCGCAACGCGACGGCAAGCACGGUGUCGACGGCGGACCUUUCGCUGGUGCGGCGACUUCUUGACGGGUACUACAGCCGCUACGAGAAGAGGCUCCUCACACGCAAUAAGCAACGCAUUCGUGAGAUGGUGUCAUUUCUUGAUAACUUGUUAACGUACUUAAACAUGAAUUCUGUGGGAAAAACUAACUCGGGGGCGGCAGCGGAUGUUUACAACUUUUCGUCCUUUGUGUUUGAUGCAAAUGUAGAUAACGUAAACGUUUACCGCUUUCUCGCCUUUUUGAGUGAGAGCCGGCUUUUGCCGAAGUUGCACGGCCUUGUGGCAUUCCUUGCCCUGCAAGAGAAGGAGACUCCCGGGCAGGAAAGGCGCUUACUGACCGUGUCAAGGCGAAGUGGGCGGAAUAGCGGAGUCAGCCAGGCUGCAGGGAGUGAGGAAGCCCGUGGCGAGGCAACGGAUUCUUCUCCUUUGGCAGCUGGGCAGGAUCCCCGGUCCGUCACGGGUGCGCUGCACCGUUUUGAUGCCUUCUUGCGCUGGUACAGUCGCUCGGAUGAGUACACACGCGUUCUCCUUCGUCGAGCGCCGGUGGAGCAGGCGAGGGAGCCAGCGGACGUUGUUACGCUUCAGCUGCUGCAGUUGGAGCCCGGAACACAUACACUGUUCCCACUGUUACAGCAAGUCCAGGCGGCUGUAUUGGCCGGUGGGACCAUGAAGCCACUUGCUCUGACGUGUGACUUGCUUCUACGAUCCCCCAACCCACACCCACCUCCUCCGGCUUACAUGCAGGAAGAAGAUAAAAUGGACAGCAUGACGAAAUUGGAGAGGGAGCCGGGAGACGCCUUGACAGGGAAGAAGGUCUGUUUCACCGAGGAAGCUCAUAUAGUUCCGUCCUCGUCCAUUGCGGUGUUCACGUUGGGAGUUGGCCCAAGUGGUCAUCGUGUGGAGCUUCAGCAUGCGACGCGUACUCAGUGGAACCGCCAGUUGGAGGAAAUUGCGGCCGCGUUACUGAAUUUCUGUCGUGUCAUACCCGAUGGCGUGAUUGUCUUCUUUACUUCGUAUGAGAUGGAGGAAAACUUCCUGGGAGUUCUGCAACGAACUGGCUUGUACGAUGCAAUUAACGAGGUGAAGCGAAUCUUUCGUGAGCCGGGGCGAGUCGCCCCGUCGAGGCUCCCCGCCCAGAGCGGCGAGGAAGGGGCGUCUGCGUCAAACGCCGUGGAGGCAAUGUUGGCGGAGUACACCCGAUGGAUUCGCACCGAGUCUUCGGGGGGUGCACUUUUGUUUGCCGUCAUGGGUGGGAAGUUGUCAGAGGGCAUUAAUUUUAACGACGACCUCGGCCGUGCGGUGAUUGUUGUUGGGUUGCCGUACGCCAAUCCCAGCGAUGUGGAGCUGCAGCUGUAUUUGAGUCACGUUGCCAACACACGUCUGCUGCGGGACUCAGCCGCUGCAGGGUCAAAGACGCUCGCUUUGGAUGCCGUGAGGAAUGAGGGAUCUCCACCGUUUACUUCCUCUGCGGAGUGGAGCCUCUUUACCGACCUCUGCAUACGCACUGUCAACCAGAGCAUGGGCCGCUGUAUUCGUCACGCGGCGGACUACGCCGUUGUGAUCCUUUUCGAUGCACGCUACGGGGAACGGCCUGACGUGCGACGCCGCAUUGCCUCGUGGAUGCAACCCUCUAUUCGGGUGGCCCACAAUUUUGGAGAGUGUUUUAGAGGCGUGAGGGAUUUUUUCACGGCUCUGCAGCGAAAUAACGUGGCGAGUUAA